CUCCAUCACUUGUUAUUGAUAAUUUAGAAAUCAAUUCACAAAAUUUAAAUUCAGAAAAUAUUACUAACCAGGUUAAAUCAAAUGAACUAACGAUUAAUGAAGAAUCUACGACUCAAUCUAUGGUAAGUUUAUUUGAAAAUGAACUUGAAAAACAUGAUCAAAAUCCAAUCGAUAAUAAUUUAAAUACAAUUAAUAACGAUAUAAAACAAAUCAAUUUUGAAAAUUUCAUUGACGAUAUUGCUUUAUGGCCCUUAUCCAUAACGGACAAUUUUUGGGAAUACUUCACACUUCAUCCUCCAAAUCAAAAUAUUCAAGCUAUAGACGAGUCCAAGAAAUCGAUAAGAGGUAUUUCUCGUAAAUUAAAAAAAAACAUAAUUUUUAUAUAACAAAAAUGAAUGGUAUCUCAGUUCCAAGAACUUGGUUAAUAUAUUCUCCCUCGAGUGUCAGCGUAUUCUGUUAUAUUUGUAAAUUUUAUGCUAAAACUUCAAAACAUUUACUUUGCAAGGAAGGUUAUAGUGAUUGGCAUCAUAUUACUGAACGGCUUAUUGAACAUGAGAAUUCAACUACUCAUAGAAAUGUAAUAUGUGAUUAUUCCAAUCGUUCUGUAGAAUUAAAACGAAUUGAUUGCCAACUAGUAAAAGAAUAUAAAACAGAAGUUCAAUAUUGGAGAAAUAUUUUAAAACGUACUAUAGCUGUAAUUCAGUUUGGCCAAAGAGGUUUAGCUUUUUUUGGGGAUAAUGAAAUAUUAGGUAAUUCCCAUAAUGGUAAUUUUUUAGGUAUUAUGGAAUUAAUAGCUAAAUUUUACCCAUUCCUUAAGGAACAUUUAAAUAAUUAUGGAAAUAAAGUUAGUGGAAAAUCUAACUAUAUUUCAUCUCAUAUAAUUCGUGAGCUUAUAUCACUGAUGGCAGAUAAAGUUUUAAAUGUAAUUGUAGAAGAAAUAAAAAAUGCUAAAUAUUUUGGCCUUAUUGUAGACUCAACGCCAGAUGUGACACAUAUAGACCAACUAGCUAUAGUUUUACGUUAUGUAAAAUCUGAUGGCCAAGCCAUUGAACGUUUUAUAAAAUUUAUAGAUAUUUAUAGUCAUAAUGCUGAAUACUUAACAUCAACUGUUAUUGAAACAAUAAAAAAAUUAGGUUUAAAUAUUGAGAACUGUGUUGGCCAGUCAUACGAUAAUGCCAGUAAUAUGGCUGGAAAGUAUACGGGAUUACAAGCGCGAAUAAAAAAGAUAGCUCCAGCUGCUGAAUAUUUGCCGUGCGCAGCAUAUUCAAUAAAUUUAGUAGGUGUUCGUGCUGUUGAAAAUUGUAAUAAUGCAGUUAAAUAUUUCAGUAUUAUUCAAACAUUUUUUUUCUAUAUCAACUCAUCGUUGGGAUAGAUUAAAUCAAAGUUUAAAAUCAAAGGGAAUGCUUUAUUUAAAACCAUCAUCACAGACACGUUGGUCAGCGAAUGCUAAUGCUACUAAGGCCUUGACCCUUGGCUAUUCUGAAAUUACCAAAAUUCUUUUUGAAAUGUAUUAUGAUAUGAAUGAAAAUACAAAUACUCGUAAUGAAGCAAAAAAUAUUUUUUAUCAACUAAGAACAAGAGAAAUGGCGAUUAUGAUUGUUACUUGGAAUUGUAUAUUACAGCGAAUAAAUUUAACUUCAAAAACUAUACAAAGUUCAACAACAAAUAUAUCGAUAAUAGUACCAUUAUACAAUUCUCUAUUUGAUUUUAUACAAAAUGUCCGAGAAAAUUUUGAAAUAUACGAAAAUGAAUCUUAUUUAAUAGUAGAAAAACAAAUUGAUUACAAAUGCAAAAGAAUAAAAAAAAUGUUGAAGAGAUACAACAAAGUUUAAGACAAAAUGUAAUUACUGAUACACAUUAUGUAAUUUACGAUACAUUAUUGGCAGAAAUACAAAAAAGAAGAGAAGUUUAUGUUAAUGUGGAAAAAAGAUUUGGAUUUUUAUUUAAAGAAAACUUAACCAGAAAUGAAAUUAUGACUAAAAUUAAAGCAUUAAUAUUGUUAUAUGAAAAUGAACUUGAUAUUGACGCCGAAAGCUUCAUAGAUGAAUUUAUUCAAUUUCAAAGUCUUAUUUCAUCUACCAACAAUAGCACAACAAUAACGCCAACCGAUCAAUUAAAGUUUAUAAGAAAUAUGCAAAUAGCACAUACGUUUCCAAAUGUAGAAACAUGUUUGCAUAUAUUUUUAACAAUGCCAAUAACUAAUUGUUCUAGUGAAAGAUUAUUUUCAUUUCUGAAAAGAAUAAAAAAUAGAUUAAGGUCAUCAAUGAGUCAAGAAAAAUAGGAUGCCUUAGGAAUACUUUCAAUAGAAAGCGAUGUCACGGCAAGUAUUGAUUUUGAUGAAAUUAUAGAUGUAUUUUCCAAA